AUGGCGAUAACACUCAUGCAUAUUUCAGAUAUGUUCAACAAAUGGGUUGUUGUUGACAGUGUUUCAGAUGUGGUAGACUACUGGGUAAGAUUUAAUGAGCCUCAUGUCUUUUGUAUGUUGACAUACUGUGCUGGUGCUUGGCCUGGCGGUAAUCCUGACAUGUUGGAGGCGGCAACGUCUGUUCUACCAACUGGUGUAUACAAUCAAACCAUGGACUGGAUUGCCAUUGCACACUCAAAAGCAUAUGAUUACAUCCAUGAACACAGCAAAUUAGCAAAGCCACUUGUUGGUGUUGCUCAUCAUGUCUCAUUUAUGCGACCCUAUGGCCUCUUUGAUAUUGUUGCUGUCACAAUCGCCAACUCCAUGACUCUUUACCCCUUUAUGGACAGCAUAUCUAAGAAGAUGGACUAUGUUGGGUUAAAUUAUUAUGGGCAGGAAGCUGUAUGUGGUGCUGGACUAAAGCUAGUAGAGACAGAUGAAUACAGUGAGUCUGGACGAGGGGUCUAUCCUGAUGGCUUGUUCCGUAUGCUUCUUCAGUUCCAUGAGAGAUACAAGCAUUUAAACAUACCGUUUAUUAUUACUGAAAAUGGGGUCGCUGACAAAACUGACUUAAUCAGAAGGCCAUAUAUACUGGAGCACUUACUCGCUAUUUAUGGUGCCAUGAUUAUGGUUCUUACUGUGACUUUUCUCUGUGUAUAUUUCAAUUUUGAUAUGGUUUGA